UAGAGGGUGAAAAGUGUCUUUGGGUUUGAGAUUAACUGGAAAACGCAUCGUGAUUGGUCAGCUGUUCAAAAUGUUGGUUAUUGCGGGCGAUGCCAUGCCGAUGUUGUGACGUUAAAGAUUUUAAUCGCUUGCAUACACUAGUAAUAAACGUAUUAUUCAGUUGGUUUUUAUUUUAUUUAACAAACCUGGGGGUGAACAUUUAACACCAAGGAUGAGUUCGAUAUCGAAUGUCGAGAAUUUUUCACCACAAAUUAUUCGGAGGGUAGCCAAGGAAAUGACAGAACUGGUCAGCCAUCCUCCUGAGGGCAUUCGGGUUAUCAUUAAUGAUGAAGAUGUCACUGACAUUCAGGCUGUCAUCGAGGGACCUGCUGGUACUCCUUACGCGGACGGUCAUUUCAGAGUUAAACUUGCUCUGGGCAAGGACUUCCCACAAGGACCUCCUAAAGCUUUCUUCCUUACCAAAAUCUUCCAUCCAAAUGUUGCGAAAAAUGGAGAAAUUUGUGUUAACACCUUGAAGAAAGAUUGGAAGUCUGAUCUUGGGAUAAAACAUAUAUUAUUAACUGUCAAGUGCCUACUCAUCGUACCUAAUGCCGAAUCUGCCUUGAAUGAAGAGGCAGGAAAAAUGCUUCUUGAAAAAUACGAUGAUUAUUCCGAAAGAGCUAAAAUGAUGACCGAAAUUCAUGCUCAAGGAGGUGGAAAAGGCAGUAAAGUUGGUCUUGAGAGCUGUACCUCCUCCGAAAUUGGCGGACCUCUUCCUAAAAAACACGCAAGUGACAAAAAAAUAACCGCUGAGAAAAAAAAAAUGUUGAGAGAUAAGAAAAGAACGCUCAAGCGAUUAUAAAUAAGUUAUUAAUAUUUAAUCUAAUCCUUAUCGAUCCUGUCCUUUAAAAAAAAAAAAAACAAAAAAAAAAUUCUUUGGUGUGGUUUCAAAUAUCUAAUAC